AAAUUGGUGAAAAGAAUUAACCCAAAAGGCUUAUUUCAGAGUUAUUUUUAUCUCGGUGACAUAGUUAACUGUGGUGUUCAACUUAGGGUUCGCAAGUUUGGACCCUUUAUUUUCUCAUUACUGUUCUAGGGCUACCCAGUUAAAACAAAAAUUCUCUCCUUCAAAUUCUGCUUUGUUCAGAAUCCUGAUUGAUGUGGGCGACGGUGAGCCAGGGUCACCUUCAAAUUCUGCGCUACUGUCGUGCUUUCCUUCCACGUAGCCCUAAAUCUCUCGCCCUUCUCUUCAUGGACAACAGACCCACCAGCACCAAUUCCUUCGCCGCUUUUGCUCGUAAUAAUACAAGUGAUGGUGGUGGUGGUAGGGAGAGAUCGAGUGGCCGCGGCGGCGGAGGAGGAAGGGGCAGCGGCCGCGGCAGCGGCGGCUCAGGCAAAGAUAGAGUAGAUGCACUGGGUCGAUUACUGACACGUAUAUUGCGCCAUAUGGCUUCGGAGUUGAAUUUGGAUAUGCGGAGUGAUGGAUUUGUGAAGGUUCAUGAUCUUUUGAGGCUGAACUUGAAGACCUUUGCUAAUAUUCCGCUGAGCUCACAUACUGUUGAUGAGAUUAAGGAGGCUGUCAGAAGGGAUAAUAAGCAGCGUUUCAGCCUCUUGGAAGAAAAUGCAGAACUUUUGAUACGUGCGAAUCAAGGCCACUCGACAACGAUAGUUGAAACUGAAAGAUUAUUAAAGCCAAUCCUAUCCUUUGAAGAAGUUCCAGUGUGCGUCCAUGGAACUUAUAGGAAGAAUUUGGAUUCAAUAUUAGAGUCUGGUCUAAAGUGCAUGACAAGAUUGCAUGUACACUUCGCAAGUGGAUUGCCAACAGAUGGGGAAGUGAUCAGCGGCAUGAGACGGGAUAUUAACAUUUUAAUCUUUCUUGAUAUGAGAAAAGCUUUAGCUGAGGGAAUGAAGUUCUACAUUUCUGACAACAAGGUGAUCUUAACUGAAGGCUUUGAUGGUGUUGUUCCAGUCAAAUACUUCGAGAAAAUAGAAUCGUGGCCUGGCAGAAAGCCUAUAGCUUUUUGAAGUUGGACUGUUGUGUGGUCAUGUAUUUAUAUUCUGAACGAUGUUGAAUAGAAAGGGUUGUUUUCCUUCA